AUGCCUUUUUUCAAGUCUACUGCUAUUCUUGCUGCCUUGGUUUGCCUUGCUGCCACGUACCCCAUCUCGGCCCGGGGAGAAGAAGAAGGGAAAGGGGAGGAAUCCCUGGUCGGCGAGGCAUUUCGCCUCGCAGAAACCAAGGGGGGUGCCGCCCUGUGGAACUGCGUCGGGGCCAUUGUGGCCAUUGUUUUCACAAUCGGCCUUCGAGAUGUGCUGAGGGAGAUAACCCUCAACGAAUAUCGUCGCGGCAACUCCCACUCCCGCACCCCCCCCAACAACAUCCAGCUCUCGGUCGCCACCCCCAAGGGCACCAACGACGGCGCCAGCGAUCAUUGA